ACGCACGGAAGGCUGUCGAUUUUAAUCACGGUCCACCGUCUUAAUCGCGCGACCUGUCGAAAUGAUCGACAUGGUGCGAUUACAAAAGAGUCCACCGUCACACACGUGAGCUUAUACUUGACUCCGUUCCGCGGUACGGCCGGAGGCUUACUGACAUCGGCGCGGGACGACCGGCGCGGCGAAGCGCUGAGCAGCGUAAUGAGGCGCCUUCACCUGCUCGUAACUUGGCGACACUGAAGCGGCGCUGAAACGUCCUCGCUUUCCUAGAUAGAAUUUGUGUGCGAGCGAUUGGACACUCCGGACUCUGGACUCUGGAUCUGGAUUCUGGAAUCUGGAACACUAACCAUUAACACUCUGACUGUGAUCAAGAUGGCAUCUGCGGAACAAGUCGGCCUCAACAAAACAUGGGAAUUGUCACUGUACGAGUUACACCGUACACCACAGGAUGCGAUUACCGACAAUACAGAAAUUGCGGUCAGUCCGCGGAGUCUGCACAGCGAGCUUAUGUGUCCCAUUUGCUUGGAUAUGUUAAAAAAAACUAUGACCACCAAGGAGUGCCUGCAUCGCUUCUGCUCUGACUGUAUUAUUACAGCUUUACGGAGUGGUAACAAGGAAUGUCCCACAUGUAGAAAGAAAUUAGUUUCCAAAAGAUCUCUUAGACCAGAUCCAAACUUUGAUUUGCUAAUUUCAAAAAUCUAUCCAAGCAGAGAUGAAUACGAGGCUCAUCAGGAACGAGUUUUGGCUAAAUUAAAUAAAUCACAUUCACAAGCUGCGCUUGUUAAUUCUAUUACAGAGGGUAUUAAGCUACAAAGUCAGAAUCGUCCUCAACGUUCAAGAAAGAAUGCCAACGAAUCUGAAAAUGCGAGUAACGCAACAUCUUACAACAAUACUCCAAACGUUAGCGCACCUACAACACCAAAUCCAUCCACAAAUGUUGCAAAUCAAAGUGAUUCUUCUCAGAGCGCAACAGGACCUUUAAAUAGCGGAGGAACAACAUCUAGAAACUCCACCACACCAUCACCAAAUCCUGCAAAUCAAAUCCCGAAAGCACCAAAACGACAGAAAAGCUUUCAAAAUUCUGAAAAUGACUCUUCUAGUGCUGAGGCAGAGACUGGUGGCGGUGAUUCUAUGGUUGAUACAGAAGGCGAAGGUCCUAGUGAACCUUUAAUGCUCAAUGAAAUUGAACUUGUUUUUAAACCACACCCUACAGAAAUGGCAGGUGAUAAUUCUCUAAUAAAAGCAUUGAAAGAAAAUAGUAUCCGGUACAUAAAAACAACAGCAAACGCCACAGUUGAUCACUUGAGUAAAUAUUUGGCGAUGCGUUUGACAUUAGAUCUGGAUACUGAAUUAUCAGAAUCAGAUAGGUUAUUAAAUUUUUGCAUCUACAUUGCUCCUUCACCGGGACAACUUGUGGUAUUAAGUGGUUCACAAACGUUACGGCAAGUGAACGAUAAAUUCUGGCGUGUCAAUCGACCCUUGGAAAUGUAUUAUUCGUGGAAAAAGACCUAGGGAAGGCCUCGAAAAUAUCAAUCUGAUGGAAACUAAUCGCGCCUUGUUUCAAAGACGAGAACGAAUUAUCUUUAUUACACGAAGUAUAGUGGAAUGCAUUAUGUGUGAAAAAUUUAUAUCAUGUAUUCUGCUGUACUUCCAAUUUCAAUCUCUCUCUCUCUCUCUCUGAUUCACAAUAGUAUAAGGAAUAUUCUUUAUAAUCAUCGACAAUGGUGCAAUUUUAACAUCUUCAAAAUUGGUUGUCAUUAAUCAAGGUUUGUUAAUGAAAGUUGGAUAAGAUAACUGAAAUAAAUAUGAAACACAGAUUUAAGCGACAUUGCACACAUCCUGAUAUUUCGAAUGUGAACUGCAGUUAUGUAAUAACAUAUUUUAUGAAAGCUCAACUAUCAGCAUCUUUCAUUGAAUCUUACAAUUAGAUAUUUAGUAUAAUAUGUAAUUAUAUUGUGAUUUCUGAUAUUUUAGUAUAUUUUUGAUUUAAUAUAUUAUAAUUAUUUAUUCAUUUAAUGUUAUAUAAUUCCAAUAUGAUUAUAUUUUUUAGAAUGGUAUAAUUUCAAAAUUUUGUUAAUUUAUAUCUAACAAUAAGAGGAAAUGCGAGAUAACUUUGCAAUAUUCUGUAUAUUGUAUUAUUAACUAUGUACAUACUAAGGGACCAUUAAAAAGUAGCAGUUUAUAUAAUUGAUAUAAAAAAUAAAUAAUUUGAAAUUUAUAGAUCUUCCAGGAUGCACAAAAGUCGCUUAAACUUGAGUUAAAUCAACAGAUAAAUGUGUAUAUGAAUGAAGUUUAUAGCAGAAGUGUAAUUAGCUUGUCACAUCAUACUGAAUAAUAUCUACAGAAAUCAUAUACAUUUAUAACUAGUAUGCGUUAUAUAUUUGCACAUAUUUAUACGUGUUAUAUUCCAUUGUUCAAUAGUCUCACAAUAGUCAUUAACUUAUUUUAAACGAGUCGCAAUCAUAUUAUGGACCAUUCUGUAUAGUUUAGAGAGAAAGAAUAAAUCUAUGUAUAUAUGGA